AUGCCGUGGCAGAAGUUGAACUUAGCACAUCGAUGGUUGCGAGAGACGAGAAAACCAGUAGUGAACGGCGGACGGGUCCCGGGAGAAUACUCUGCCGUCGAUUUCGUAUAUGAAACUCGUGAUGAAGAUGAAGCUGUCACUUUCAUGUCGCAAAGUCCUAACUCGCUUGUAUAUGUUGGAUUGGAAGGGUUGAUUUUGCGCUUCGAUGUCUGGAACCUGAAAGCGUGCGAGGCCUAG